CCCGCAUCGGCAAAGUUUGAAAACAACAAACCAACUGUCGGUUCGCGAAGCACGCAAUCAUCUCGGAAGAUCGCUAGAACCUGCUACGAACCCGGAUGGACAGCUACUUCAUCGACCCGCAGCGCCGCCGCGGGGCCAAGCAGAUCUUCCCGGCGCACCAGCUGGUCGUUUGCACCGACAGUUACGGCAUCCGGACGCAGCUCAAGUUCAACGUCGUGGUGGAGAAGAUGGACCUGCAGAAUCUGAUUCAAAUUCGCUUGACGGAGAGUGCCGACCAGUCGAAGAUGUUUGUGAGCACGAUCGACAACGCAAGUUACGAGCAGAUGCGCGCCGAACAGUCGCUACACGUUACGUUCCAGGGGUUUGUGGACCAUUUGACCAAGAUUCUGGAGCGGUGCAAGCGCGAGGAACUGCACAUGAGUCUGGUGAAGGAUGACAGCGUGCACCUGUUGCAGUUUUUCGAGAAGAGCUCGUUUAAGAACUUGACGCACCUGUUUCUGCAGAUUCAGGUGGCGUCGACGGAAACGGUGCUGUUUCACAUCAAUUUGGCGCUGCAAACGCUGCAGGACCAGGCGGCGGGGUACGCGGGCCAGGUGGCGAAGUACCAGUCGGAACUGACGGGGCGGGACGACGCGAUUCACAGACUGCAGGGCGAGGUGAGGGCGUUGAACGGGAGGUUGGUGGAGCAGGAGAAUUUGGUUUUUAACAGGAAUACUGAGGAGGUGAACCGGCUUCAGCAGACGAUUAAGCAUGUCAAUGAGUCGAAGGAGCUGGAGGAGAAGCGACUGAAGACGAUUAUUUCGGGGAUGCAGGAGAAGAUUGACCAGCAGAACAAGGAGUUGCUGGCGGGGACGGAGAAGAUUAUGCACGAUUCCAAGCGAUAUGAAGCCCUCAGAGAGGACAACAUGAAGCUCAAGUCCCACAACAACCAGCUGCGCGAGGAAGCCGACCGGUACAAAUCGGACCUCCAGGCCUAUCAAAGUCGCGACGGAAGACACGAAUCCGCGAUCGUCGAGCUGCGCCGGCAGCUGAUCGAUCUGCAGAGCAAGCUAAAAAUCACGGAGAAGCAAAAGUCCGAGCUCGAGGCGGAGCUGGAGGCCGAGCGGAACAUUUGCCAGACCAAGAAGAACGCGCUCCAGCUGACGGCGGACGAAAUUUCCAACGCCAACGUCAUGAUCGCAAACUUGAACAAGGAGGUGAUGAAACUCAAGAGCAAGGUCGAACUGCGCACGGAGAUUGCAAUGCGACAGGAGAAGCUGAUUCAGGACAAGGAAAAGGAGUACAACGAACUGCAGGGCACGGUGCGGCAGAUUCAGCAGGAACACACCAAGAACAGGGUGGCCAGCGAAGAGUACGCGCAGACGGUGCGCCGGAUCAAGGAAACUUCGGACGCGAUCGAGGAGAAAUAUCGGAAAAAAAUCAACGACCUGAUCGUGAAGGUGUCCCAGAACCAGAACGCCGAACCGGUUUCCGUGCUGAACAAUCAGUUCCCCAAUCGAUACCUUCGGCCACAUAAUCGGAUAGAAUAACUCUCAUUUAAUUAUCGCAUUCCAGAUUGUACAGUUAGCAAAAGUAUCGUGAAAAUUAUAUUUAAAA